AUGUCGACCUCUAAAAUCCAAAUAACAAAAAUUCGACCUCUCAAGAAAAAGAAAGUCACCACUUGGGUCAUGACUACAUUUUUCUCCCCUUAUAAAGUAGUCGAAUAUCAGAUCGAUAGUCGCUGCUUCGUCUCCAAGAAACUUGCUCUAGAAGCAAUGAAAAGAACUGCACGGCGACUAUACAAAAAUUCAGAAAUUAUCCAAGACGAUGAAGAUAAAUACUUUGAAGAAUACUCUAUGGAAAUACAUUUUGGAGAAAGCCCAAGUUCAUCUGAUUACAGGAGAGAGUUCGGUUUCUGUAAAGUUGAACCAACUAUAUUGGAAGACAAAGAAAGCGGAGAUGAAGUUCCUUCAAGUAAAGAUGACGAGGACGAAGAUGAUUAUUAA